AUCACGUGAUCCAGGGAGAGGACAAAAGAGGGAAGGUUCUCCCGAUCGAGGGCUUCUCCUCGUCUUCUCAGCCUCCCACACCCUCCGCAAGGUCCUGGACCUCACGAUCGUGGUGAAUCAUGGCGGGAAAGUCGAACACGGGCAAGUCGGGGUUCCUGCACGACGACUCGCGGCUGCACAAGCUCUGCCAGGACGGUAACUACAGGAAAGUGACCGAGUUUGUCAACGCCGUACCAGACGCGAAGGCCCUCGAGGAUCGCCUCUCCAAUAGGAAGGGCGUGUUCGGCUACACUCCUCUCCACGAAGCCGUGGCCAGUGGUCACCACAAAGUGCUUGACUUUCUGCUGCAGAGAGCUGGAGACGGCCACGUGAACUGCCGUGCCAACAGUGGCUACACGCCCCUCCACCUAGCCGCCAGCAGCGGGCACAGCGAGUGCGUGCGCGUCCUCCUCCGGCACAGCGCGGACAUCAGCGUCACGGACGAGUACGGGAAGACGCCCAAACAGACGGCUGAGCUGAGCUCCAAGAGCAGCAUAGUUCGCAUUCUGCGCAGCGCAGAAAUAAUCAAGGAAGUCGAAACCAAUGGCGACGGGCUCACGGAGCUCCUCCGCUUCAACACUGACCAACUCGAGCCGCAUUGUCUCAACACAGCCCUCACUGCCGCCGUCCGUAACGACAACCAUUACAACGUCGGAAAACUGAUCGUGAAGGGGGCCGACGAGAUCAAGAAGGCACUGAGGCAGUCUGUGGAGGACAAGAAGCCCAACGCGAGGGCCAUGCUGCUGCUCGUCCACGCCGCCAUGGAGGGCAACCGAAACCUCGUCCUCCGUCUCUUUGGCGAGCCCACACUCCGGCGCCGACAACUCCCGCGACUACAUUGACGACACAUUUCCCGACGUUCAAAAGGCCGUUCUGGAUGGAAAGGUCUCGACCGUCGUCCCGAUCGAGAUAGCCCGUCGCUACGGACACGCAGCAGUGAGGGAGGAGCUCCUGCUCAAGACGGACGUCAACGAACAGGAGAAGUCGGUCCACUGGCACGGACUUCGACUCUUAGUGCUCGACAUCAACUGGCUGCGCAAGAUACACUGGGUGCAGAAGUUGAGACUGGCUCGCAACGGCUUUAAGCACCUUCCAAACGAAAUGGGCACGUACCUCAAGCAGGUAAUCAAGCUGGAUCUCCAGCACAACGACCUGAAACAGAUCCCCCGCUCUCUGCUGGAGCUGCCCAGUCUGCAGGAGCUGAAUCUCUCCCACAACCAGCUGCAGGAUAUCCCAGACGUCCCAGAGUGGUCCUCCGUCCUCUCGGUCCUGGAGCUCUCUCACAACCAGCUCGCCACGCUCCCACUCAACGCCGUCGCCGGCGCCAUCCGCAACCUGAACAUCUCCUUCAACCAGUUCCGCCAGGUCCCCCUGUGCAUCUGCGGGUUUACCACCCUCCACACCCUGGAUCUCUCCGACAAUCCCGAUAUCCUCACGCUACCCGCAGAGAUGGGCAGACUCAGCAACUUGAACCGUCUCUACCUGAGAAACCUGAAGGACCUCAACGAUCCUCCGAGAAACGUGCAGCGCGACACGAGGGACUGCAUCCGUUACCUCAACAGCAAGUUGCGUUGUGCCAAGGGCUUCUACCGGAUGAAGCUCAUGCUCGUCGGCUGCGCGGACCGAGGAAAGACGACGCUCGUGGCGCGACUGCAGGGUAGAGACUGUGGUAAUGAAUCGACAGUUGGCGUGGAUGUCAGCGAAUGGCAGUACAGACCCGCACUGGGGCGAAAGAUUUUCAGCUUCAGCAUCUGGGAUUUCGGUGGGCAGGAAGAGUACUACGCCACCCACCAGUGCUUUCUCUCCCAGCGCUCCCUCUACCUCCUCCUCUUCAACCUCAAGGAAGGAGACAAGGGUGUCCAGGAGUUGAAGCCGUGGCUAAACAACAUAGCACUCAGGGCCCCCAAGUCGUGCAUCAUCAUUGUGGGGACUCAUCUCGACGAGGUUGCGGAUGAAGAGAGGGAGGAAGUUUUCAAACUUCUGAAUAAGGUUGGUGAACUUGCUAACGCCUACUCUCCAAUGCUCAACAUAGCCGAGAUCAUCCCGGUGGGUCUAAAAAAUCGCCUGGAGCAUAUCGGGACGCUUAAACAAGCCAUCUAUAAUCACGCCGCAAACUACACCCACAGAGGUCAGCCCAUUAUGGGCCAGAAAAUUCCGGCCAGCUACCACGCUCUCGACAAACAACUUGAGCUGAUUCAGCAAGAGGUGCGCCGCGGGAACCACGAGCCGAUAAUGCACGCGGAGGAGUUCAAGACGAUGGUCCAGCAGAUGAGCCUCCUCGAUAUUCAGGACGAUGACGAGCUCAAGACGGCCACCCUCUUUCUCACGGACGUGGGGACGCUCCUUCAUUACGACGAUCGUAAUCACAACCUCCACGAGCUCUACUUCAUCGACCCUCGCUGGCUCUGCGACAUGAUGUCCAAGGUAGUCACCAUCAAGGAACGGAACCCCUUCGUCAAGAACGGGAUCCUCCGCUGCGAAAACAUCCCCUUCCUGUUCAAGGACAAGCGCUUCCCGUGGCAGUACUUCGAGCAGUACCUCACCCUCCUGGAUCGCUUCGAGAUAGCCCUCCCCCUGGAUAACAAGCGUAUCCUCAUACCCUCGAUGCUUCCUGACGCUCGACCGAAGGACAUCGACAUGGAAGAGGGGCAGGAUCCACCGUUCUACUCUCGCUACAUUAUGUUCAACGCCAACGAUACUCCGCCCGGUUUCUGGAGCCGACUCCUCUCGAGGAUGAUGCACUCCAUUCCCAAGGUCCGCUAUGCUCUCAACAAGACCAUUCCGCGGAACUUCAACGAGUCUUCGUCCGACUCGGGCCUCCAGACGAGCGCCGACGGCUACUCGGUGGACUUCCAGAUGAGCACCGAAAGUUUCUUGGGAUCUGCAAAUCUCGGAAACUCGGUUGGGAACGGCGGCCUGUUGAACUCGGGCGUUUCUGAAGCUACGACGCCACCAACUGAGGUAAAUGGAGGGAGACCCGAUAUCAGCGGACCCACCCCCAACCCACCAAGUAUUCCCCAGCUCUUCACCAGUUUCCCCACGGCCCUCAACCAGAGCUCAGUCUCAGCGUCCUACGACAUUCGCUCGGUUCGCCUCGACUACUGGAAGCUGGGUCUCUUCUACAGAGACCCAGACGUCUCAUUGAGGGUCGAGUCGCUCUCGGCGUCAAAGAAAAACCCCGAGAGAAAAGACGGCGUUCUCGUCUGCGUGUCCACAAGCCUGGAAGGUAAGAAGAUCAUGGGACAAGUGGUGGACAUAGUUGUUGCCCUGGUAGGAGAUUGGUACCCUGGGCUCGCCGACAGCUCUGCCACCAGCCUUCUCCAAAAGGUUCCCUGCUACGAGUGCCUCAAACUUCGCCGAGCCGACCCGUUCCGGUUCAACGUGGACCAGUGCCUGCCAGAAGUCCAACGAAACAAGGAGCACGUGGAGUGUGGGUACAGCCGUGACCCAGAGGUGCCGAAUCACAUGGUAGCGCUCCACGACAUCGUCCCCGACCUCCUCAUGCACGAUAUCGAUGAAAAGUUUCUCCUGAAUGCAGAGGACAUAUCGUACCAGGAGGACGACACCUCGCUUCUCGGGGUCGGUGGAUACGGAAAGGUCUAUCGCGGGAAAUGCCUCGAGAAGUCAGUGGCCAUCAAGAAGUACCUCACGAAGAACGAGAAGGCCUUUGCUGAGCUACGCUCCGAGGCAAAGUUUCUCCAAAAGUCCCAUCACCCUUGCCUAGUGUGCCUCGUCGGUGUCUGCCUGAGGCCCUACAUGGCUCUUGUCCUGGAAGAGGCUCCACUUGGGUCCCUCGAGAAACCACUGCUCCGCAAGAAGAUGGCAAUUCACAGAAUCACGCUCUUCAGGAUCGCGAGUCAGGUCACAGCUGGCCUGCGGUUUCUCCACAGUACGGGGGUCAUAUUCAGAGACCUGAAGGCGGCCAACAUCCUCCUGUGGACCUUGGACCACGGCUCCCUCUGCCACUGCAAGGUGACCGACUUUGGCAUCGCGACCCACCUCACUCCAGUCGGAGCCCGCGGACUACAGGGUACCAAGGGGUUCAUCGCACCAGAAGUCUUGUACGUUGGAAAGAGGAAACAGCGUUCGGUGUACAACCACACGGCCGACAUUUUUUCUUUCGCGAUGCUGCUGUACCAGAUGAUCGCUCGCCGGCAUCCCUACCACAACGUCAAGCCUGAGCGGAUUGAUACGCUGGUGGAGUCGGGGGAUAGGCCAAAGCUGCAGGACGUGGAGAACGCAACAGCUGCCUACUACUACCUAACAAAGCUCAUGAAAGUUUGUUGGUCGGACAAGCCGUCACAGAGACCGGGAACGGAUGAAAUUCUGCGCUACCUCUGUCUCUCGGUGGCGCAGUCAGUCAUGUCUGUCAUCCCCAUGAAAGGCCGGCUGGCAGUGCGGAAAGCAUGCGCCAUAACCCCGCACCAGUUCACAGAGGCGCAAGCACGACAGAACACGAGUGAGCUGUGGAUCUGCUGCGACGGAAAGGAAGGGACCGAGAUCAACAUGUACUCAACCAACAACAUGGUCAAGGUGAACAGCAGCUUCAUCAAGGACAACCAGGUCCAGUGCAUCUGCCUGUGUAAAGACCACGUGUGGGUGGGAUCACGGGCAGGUAUAGACUACGGAGUGAUUGACAUCUUCAGCGUGGUGACUCGCGAUCUCGUGCACAACAUCCGCAUGCGGGAGAACUCAGUCUCCUGCAUUACCUGCUCCAAUACACACGUCUACCUGGGCACGCUGGAGGGCUACUGUUUCUCGUUUUCCAUCGACAUUAAGCAGAUUCAGGCCAAUGCGAAGCCCCGCUACAAGUACGUCUCAGAGCACGCCGUACAGGGGAUCGUCGUCACUAGCAACGCAGGAAACGAGUUUGUCUGGGUCUCCCACACUCGCUACAUAUACUUCCUCAAGCCCGACAAUCUCGCGCAGGAAGGCUCGCUCUACCUAGGAGACACCGAAGGCUACGUUGGGCAGCUGUCCGUGUCGCCCACAGACAACAACACCGUGUGGAGUGCACACAUCGGUGGGAACCUGCUCUCGGCGUGGGACGCAACGCACAGGACACACAAGUUUAACAUAGACACCACCGACCACAUGAAGGGAAUAGUUCCAAACAUCCAAGACGCUGAUAUCGUCAUUACUGCCAUGACGCCGGCGCUGGACACAGUGUGGGUAGGAAUGGCCUCGGGGCACCUCCUUGUCUUCUCCGAGCAGGAACUCCUCACCUGGUACCACCCGUACAACGGGUUCAUCCGGUUCAUCACCGCCAUCCCUUGCGCGGGGCCUUGCGAGAAGGAAGAGUGCAUGGUAAUAACUGGAGCCAAGAACUUCCGCUCCCCCCUCCCCGAGGACACCCCCGUGAAGAGUCAGGAGGACUACCCCAAGCACGACGAUAAAGGCCAAUCCAGCGACAGUGCUGGUGUGCUUAUCCUCUGGGAGGCCUACUGGGCGAGGAUGACGAGGCAGAUUAAACUCAUUGAAGACAAGACCCCUCACUUUUACAACAAUCACGAUUCGAUCCGAAAGAUGAUCCGUACCCGGGGGCUGGAGUUUAAGGACGGAACACAGCUCCUGAAGGGGAAAGACGUCGACAGCAACAGCGGUGCUGCAAACAGUGCGCCGGUGAGUCUCCUAAACGACCAGUUUCCCCCGGCGACCGACAUCACCCAGAGCUAUGAUACCUUCCAGAAUCCCACUGUGGGUACGCCGCUGAGAAACCUGAGGACGGACAGCAUUCGAAACGACACCUUCUUCACCGAUCGCAGCACCACGCUCAACACGCAGCCCCGCAGCUCCCUUGUCGAGUCGCCCGUCGAGUCGACUCCGACUAUUCCCAUACAGCCCAACAUCCUCUCCCGAUCCCGCACCUCUACCGUCAACUGUGAGGUCUUUGACGUCAACAUUGUCGCCCUUCACGGCGAGGAAGGAACGGCUGUGCGUGUCACCUGCCCGCGUCCUGCCAAAUUAAAAGUUCUCCUGAGUGAGCUCGAAAUAAAUGGGAACAUUCCACAGGGGAAAUGCAAGGUGGAGUACCAGGACGAACAGUCGAAAGAGUCGAUAAAAGUAACAGCUCAGAAACAACUUGAAGUGUACCUGGAACUUACAAACCGACCGCAGUUGUUUUUAUCGCCAUGACAUAUUUACCCCUAGGCAGUUUUGCAUGUACAAUCCUUUGUCUCGCCCUCCGUGCCAAAUGUGUAUACAUGUGACUUUGUCCAUCUUUGUGUGAUGUGCGCGCAUGUGCGACUACGAGUGGCUUCGUGCAUGCGCAACUCGUGCUGCGGGUACCGGGUGCAGCAUAUGUAGCUGAGCUAGCUGGAAAUGGAAAGCGAGCUGGAGUUGGUGUGUCUGGAAAACGGUAGGGGCGUGCGUCUGGAGUGCAUUCGAGUAGGAGCGUCCAUCACCUCUCUGCAGCUCCCGAACAACACUGACGUCGUCUUGGGCUUCAGAGACUAUAAAGACUAUCGCACCAACUCUCCAUACAUCGGCUGUAUAGUAGGCAGGGUGACCAACAGAAUCAAGGGCGCCUCGUUCACUUUUGACAACAAGGAACACCGCCUCACACCAAAUGAAGCACCAAAUCACUUGCACGGUGGCACAGUUGGCUUUAACAAGGUUGUUUGGAAGCUAAAGUCUCAGACUAGUAAUGAAGCUGUGUUUGAGCACGCUAGCCCGGCAGGAACAGAAGGUUAUCCCGGUACCCUCAGCUGCACCGUGACGUACCGCGUCACGGAGGAGAGUGAGGUCCAUCUAAACUACGCGGCCACCGCCGAUGCCCCCACCAUCGUCUCACUCACUAGCCACACUUACUUCAACCUGGCCGGAAAGGGCGAUAUUCUGGAUCACGUCCUUUGUAUUCCUUCUGACAGGACAACUUAUCUGGAUGGGGAAGUGUCGCCGGUUGCGGGGAAAGAAACAGACUUCCGAGAGCCAGCCGCAAUCAGGCAGAAGAUGACAGGGGCAGCUACCAGUGGGUUCGACUGUAACUACUCCCUUCUCGAAGUGGAGAAGACCCACAGCCAGCACCCAUCACUACGCCUCUGUGGAGGUUUGCAGGACCCGGCCUCGGGGAAUGGAGUGGAGGUGUACUCCGACCAGCCAGGGAUGCAGCUGUACACGGGCAACUUCCUGGACGGCUCUCACACUGGGAGAGCCGGGGAACCCAUGGCCAGGCACUGUGGGGUCUGCCUGGAGACCCAGGCGUGGCCCAACGCCAUCAAUAUAGAGGGAGCACGAGAUCAGGUGAUUCUUAGGCCAGGUGAGCGGUACACAGCAAAGACUGUCUGGAAACUAAGCUGGAAGGACUAACAACAGUACUAUAAUAUUGACUUACUGGUGGUCAAAUGAACAUAUUUUUGAUACACACAAAAUUUACUUGGUGGUAGAGAAAAAAUAAGGCAGAGUUAAAUCUAAAUAAUAAUAAAAAUCUACGUCAACACUAAUGAAGAUUGCCAAGUUGGCAGACUAAAGAUUGAGGCGACAGUCAUUAUUUAGCUUGCGGGGUGGAGAGAUGGUGCAGGAGAAAGCUCUGAUGGGGUUAAAAACAAAUUCCUCAGCUGGAUUCUGAGGGGUCACUUCAGGUCGGCUGGAAUUGAAAAACUUCGCGGCAGUGGAGUGCCAGUUGGACUGGAGUCAUUUUCUUCCACACCCACAUAGAGGUGUCUGGUGGUAGUUUCUGUGGGCGGUUGUCGAAGCUGGUUCAGUGAGAGCAAAGCUUCUUGUCUAAGCACAGCAUCAUCUAGCUCUGAGAUUGGGGGGUCUUCCCCGGGCGAUGGAGAACCGUCUUCUUCCACAACGAGAAGAGCUUCGUCGUCUUUCACAAUCACCCCGAGUAUCUUCUGACCCCUGUCGUCUUCCGGCGGUAACGGGCCACCAUCUCCCCCACUGCUAUUAGUUGUAGAAACCUCGCUAGUUCCAUGUUCAGUCUCCGUGUGUUCAUUGCCCUCCACAGUAGCAGAGUCCUCAGUGGAGUGUUCCGUGUUCUCGCCAGCCGUGGCCAGCUCUGGAGGAGGGGAAAUGAGAUGCUGGAGCUCCAGAUCACUCUCUGCCAUAAGUCGUAUGCGAGACGCCAUCUGACUCGCCUGCAACUGCCCGCCACUGGGCCCCUUCGAAUCUUCCCCAGUCAAUUUACGUCUCUUGACAUUCUUCUUUUGGAAGUUUGGGUUAUCCCUCAUGUUCUCCGAGGGCUCGGUUUGUAUCCUCUGCCCCCUGCGAACCAGCCGGAAGGGCAGUCGUUCUUCCUCGCUCCGAGAGAGCUGUCUGCGGAGGUAGUCGGCGAUGGCACGCAGGAGCCUCAUCGCCAUGAUCCCGGUAAAUCCUUUCGACUCAAGGGUCUGUCUGUCGGUGGAGAGGAGGUCGUGGAAAGUGUGGUAGCCGGCAAGGCGCAGUCGGUACUCUAGUCCAGGGAGGUUGCUGGCCCGGAGAAACACCUUCAUGCUGCGGUCCAGAGACAAGAGGUACUUGUGUCGAGCGGUGGCCUGGGAUCUAAGUCGGCUCGGUGGGAUGAGGGAACCCGGUGCAUCUGGUUCUUCACUCUGCGGAUUUCUGGGUACCAUUUG